AUGUCCGAAUCUAAGCAGCCCCAUUUCGAAACUUUACAGCUUCAUGCGGGUCAUGAACCAGAUUCUGAGACCCAUUCGCGAGCAGUACCAAUCUAUGCAACCACCUCCUACACCUUCAAUGACUCCGCACAUGGCGCCAGACUCUUUGGUCUCAAAGAGUUUGGCAACAUCUAUAGUCGGAUUAUGAACCCCACUGUGGAUGUCUUUGAGAAACGUAUCGCCGCCCUUGAAGGUGGUGUCGCAGCCGUCGCCGCCUCUUCGGGUCAAUCUGCGCAGUUCAUGGCCAUAUCUGCCCUUGCCCAUGCUGGCGAUAACAUCGUGUCCACCAGUAACCUGUACGGUGGCACUUAUAACCAAUUCAAAGUCCUAUUCCCUCGAUUGGGAAUCACAACCAAGUUCGUCCAGGGAGACAGCCCGGAGGCCAUAGCUGCAGCCAUUGACGACCGUACGAAGGCUGUUUACGUUGAGACUAUCGGAAACCCCCGCUAUAAUGUACCCGAUUUCGAAGCCAUCGCCAAGGUAGCCCACGAAAAGGGCGUGCCCCUAGUGGUUGACAAUACAUUCGGCGCCGGCGGCUAUUAUUGCCGUCCCAUUGAGCACGGCGCCGACAUUAUUGUACACAGCGCCACCAAGUGGAUUGGAGGUCACGGCACCACUGUUGCUGGUGUAGUUGUUGACAGUGGAAAGUUUGACUGGGGAAAGCAUGCAGCACGCUUCCCACAGUUUGUUGAACCUUCCGAAGGCUACCAUGGCUUGAAGUUCUGGGAAACCUUUGGUCCCCUUGCUUUUGCCAUUCGGGUGCGAGUGGAGAUAUUGAGAGACCUUGGAUCAGCUCUGAACCCUUUUGCUGCGCAACAGCUUCUCCUCGGCAUCGAGACCUUGAGUUUACGUGCCGAGAGACAUGCAAGCAAUGCUAUAAUACUGGCCAAUUGGCUUCGCAAGAAUGAAAACGUCUCUUGGGUCUCAUACCCAGGAUUGGAGGACCACCCGAGCCAUGAGACGGCGAAGCGCUAUCUCAAGCAUGGCUUUGGUGGCGUUCUUUCUUUUGGGGUCAAGGGAGGUGCUGCCGCUGGCAGUCAAGUGGUUGACGGCUUUAAGUUGAUCAGUAAUCUCGCAAAUGUUGGGGAUAUGAAGACCCUCGCUAUUCACCCUUGGUCCACGACUCAUGAACAGCUUACCGUACAGGAACGCAUUGACUCUGGAGUCACUGAGGAUGGAAUCCGCAUCUCGGUGGGUACUGAGCAUAUCGAUGAUAUCAUUGCCGACUUUGAGCAGUCGUUCAAGGCUGCUAGUGCUCUGUAA